AUGGACUGCAUUAAUGGCAUUAGUUGUGCCGACCCCUGUGACCACUACACAGCUCUACAUGAUGAGUGGCGUUCAACUAAUAAUACAGUGAAUCAGGUCCUACACUGUGACCAAUAUGUUAACUGGCAAGGCUGGUAUCGCCUGUUCCUGGGGCAAACCAGUGCUCAUAUUCCAGAGAGAUGUGUGGCUGAGAACAGAUGUGGAACCCAUGCUCCUCUGUGGAUAACAGAACCUCAUCCCGCACAGUCAAAUGAAAUUGUAAAUCGCACUGUGUGUAAUGCCUGGAGCGGCAGCUGCUGCAGGUUUCGCUCACACAUCAUCCAAGUCAAGCUCUGCUAUGGAAACUACUAUGUCUACAAACUUGUGAAGCCAUCGGUUUGCCAUCUUGCAUACUGCGCAGAGGUUAACAGAACAGAGCCUGCAGUUGCUUCAACCACAUCUGAUCCAAGACAACAAAGCUCCACCAUCGCUCAUCUUCCCACCAGCACCAGAUCAGUCCCCUCUUCCCAGACUGUCCAGUUCAACUGUGAACAUAAUGUUUGUCCCUUAGGUAUGGACUGCAUUAAUGGUACUAGUUGUGCCGACCCUUGUGACCACUACACUGCACUACAUGAUGAGUGGCGUUCAACUAAUAAUACAGUGUAUCAGUCACAGUGUGACCAAUAUGUUAACUGGCAAGGCUGGUAUCGCCUGUUCCUGGGGCAAACCAGUGCUCAUAUUCCAGAGAGAUGUGUGGCUGAGUUCAGAUGUGGAACCGCUGCUCCUCUGUGGAUAACAGAACCUCAUCCCACACAGUCAAAUGAAAUUGUAAAUCGCACUGUGUGUAAUACCUGGGCCGGCAGCUGCUGCCAAUUUCCCUCACACAUCAUCCAAGUCAAGCUCUGCUAUGGAAACUACUAUGUCUACAAACUUGUGAAGCCAUCGGUUUGCCAUCUUGCAUACUGCGCAGAGGUUAACAGAACAGAGCCUGCAGUUGCUUCAACCACAUCUGAUCCAAGACCACAAAGCUCCACCAUCGCUCAUCCUCCCACCAGCACCAGAUCAGUCCCCUCUUCCCAGACUGUCCAGUUCAACUGUGAACAUAAUGUUUGUCCCUUAGGUAUGGACUGCAUUAAUGGUACUAGUUGUGCCGACCCUUGUGACCACUACACUGCACUACAUGAUGAGUGGCGUUCAACUAAUAAUACAGUGUAUCAGUCACAGUGUGACCAAUAUGUUAACUGGCAAGGCUGGUAUCGCCUGUUCCUGGGCCAAAGCAGUGCUCAUAUUCCAGAGAGAUGUGUGGCUGAGUUCAGAUGUGGAACCGCUGCUCCUCUGUGGAUAACAGAACCUCAUCCCACACAGUCAAAUGAAAUUGUAAAUCGCACUGUGUGUAAUGCCUGGAGCGGCAGCUGCUGCAGGUUUCGCUCACACAUCAUCCAAGUCAAGCUCUGCUAUGGAAACUACUAUGUCUACAAACUUGUGAAGCCAUCGGUUUGCCAUCUUGCAUACUGCGCAGAGGUUAACAGAACAGAGCCUGCAGUUGCUUCAACCACAUCUGAUCCAAGACCACAAAGCUCCACCAUCGCUCAUCCUCCCACCAGCACCAGAUCAGUCCCCUCUUCCCAGACUGUCCAGUUCAACUGUGAACAUAAUGUUUGUCCCUUAGGUAUGGACUGCAUUAAUGGUACUAGUUGUGCCGACCCUUGUGACCACUACACUGCACUACAUGAUGAGUGGCGUUCAACUAAUAAUACAGUGUAUCAGUCACAGUGUGACAGAAAUGUUAACUGGCAAGGCUGGUAUCGCCUGUUCCUGGGGCAAACCAGUGCUCAUAUUCCAGAGAGAUGUGUGGCUGAGAACAGAUGUGGAACCCAUGCUCCUCUGUGGAUAACAGAACCUCAUCCCACACAGUCAAAUGAAAUUGUGAAUCGCACUGUGUGCAAUGCCUGGCUCGGCAGCUGCUGCUACUUUCCCUCACACAUUAUCCAAGUCAAGCUCUGCUAUGGAAACUACUAUGUCUACAAACUUGUGAAGCCAUCGGUUUGCCAACUUGCAUACUGCGCAGAGGUUAACAGAACAGAGCCUGCAGUUGCUUCAACCACAUCUGAUCCAAGACCACAAAGCUCCACCAUCGCUCAUCCUCCCACCAGCACCAGAUCAGUCCCCUCUGCCCAGACUCUCCAGUUCAACUGUGAACAUAAUGUUUGUCCCUUAGGUAUGGACUGCAUUAAUGGUACUGGUUGUGCCGACCCCUGUGACCACUACACUGCACUACAUGAUGAGUGGCGUUCAACUAAUUAUGCAGUGUAUCAGGGCCUACACUGUGACAGAAAUGUUAACUGGCAAGGCUGGUAUCGCCUGUUCCUGGGGCAAACCAGUGCUCAUAUUCCAGAGAGAUGUGUGGCUGAGAACAGAUGUGGAACCCAUGCUCCUCUGUGGAUAACAGAACCUCAUCCUACACAGUAUAAUAAAAUUGUAAAUCGCACUGUGUGCAAUGCCUGGAGCGGCAGCUGCUGCAGAUUUCGCUCACACAUCAUCCAAGUCAAGCUCUGCUAUGGAAACUACUAUGUCUACAAACUUGUGAAGCCAUCUAAUUGCCAUCUUGCAUACUGCGCAGUCCAGCAUCAUCCACUUCGGCCAUCACAACUCAUUUGUGGCCGUGAUAAACUUCAAGUAGGCCUGGAUUUGGCUAGCAUGACCUCCUCUGGUUUUAAUCCGUUCACUGGCAACCUGGCAGCCCGCAACUGCUCCUCAUUCAGAGUACUUGAUGGUGUAGUUUGGUACGAAGUGGAAGCCAAGGCAGGACCCUGUGGAAACACACUGACGACCAACCACACACAUGCCAUCUACUCCAACACUUUAUUCAUCUAUCCAAUGGACAACACAUCCUUCACCGUUCCUGUGAGUCUUCCCUUCUCCUGUGCCUAUCCUUUGGAAACAAACACCAGCCUGAAUGUGGCCGUCAGACCAUUCCUGGAACAUGGUGGCAUUUCAGGCUCAGGUGCCAAAGUCACAGCCUCCAUGUUUCUGUUCCGCAACUCCACCUACACCGAGACUUAUCCAGCAGGCCAAGUCACCCUGCCGGUGGGCUCGCCGCUGUACGUGGGGGUCUAUGUGGAUGAGAGGGAUACAAACUUUGCAGCUGUUCUGGAGGACUGCUAUGCCACUCACUCUUCAAAUCCUGACGAUCCCGUGCAAUACUCUCUCAUCCAGAACAAGUGUCCCACUGACCGCCGACAGGUGUCUGUGGUUGAGAGCGGCUCAUCUCUAAGGGCUCGUUUCUCUGCCCUGUUCUUCCUGCCACAGGGUGAAUACAGAGACGUUUUCCUUCACUGCAGCCUCAGAUUGUGUGACCAGAGGAGCUCCUUGUGUGUUCCAUCUUGCACAAGAAGAGCACGUCGUUCCCUUUCAACUUCUGCUCCUAUGAAGCCACUGACUAUUGGACCAAUCAUGUGGGACAAAUCACCGGAGUGA